AUGCCUCCCAAAGGGAAAUGUGGUGGGGCGAAAUGCGGUGCAAAAGAUGGAGCUUCUGGUGGUGAUGAUAAAAAAGCAGAAGGUCCAAAAGGAGGAAGAAAUGCACUGAAAGUGAGGCAUAUUCUGUGUGAAAAGCAUGGUAAAGUCAUGAAAGCUAUAGAAAAUCUCAAGUCUGGUGUUCGCUUCAGUGAAGUGGCUUCAUACUACAUAGAGGACAAAGCCCGGCUAGAUGGUGACCUUGACUGGAUGACCAGAGGUUCCAUGGUGGAACCUUUCCAAGAAGCACCAUUUGCUCUCCUCAUUAUCAGUAUGGAUAAGCCUGUAUUCACUGACUCUCCAGUCAAGACAGAGUUUGGCUACCAUAUUAUAAUAGUCAAAGAAUAA